AACAUAGAGAAAUCUGAGGGCAAAGUGGAUCAUAAUGGAGAAGAGCACAACUAAGGUCUGUGUGACAGGAGGUUCUGGAUAUAUCGGUUCCUGGCUUGUUAAGAAGCUCCUAGACAAAGGCUACAAAGUCCAUGCAACAGUCAGAAACUUGGGGGAUGCAUCAAAAGUGGACCUUCUGAAAUCUCUUCCUCACGCAAGCACUAACCUGGUGUUAUUUCAAGCCAAUAUUUACAAUCCCAUUGAGUUUGAGCUGGCAAUUCAAGGUUGUGAAUUUGUUUUCCAUGUGGCUACCCCGUUGCAACAUGAGACCCAAAACACAAAGUACAAGGACACGGUGGAAGCGGCUAUUGCUGGAGUGAAGGCCAUUGCUGAUUCUUGCACUCGAUCACAAUCGGUGAAACGGCUAAUCUACACUGCCUCCGUUAUGUCUGCAUCUCCAUUAACAGAAGGUGGUUUGAACUUCAAAUCUUGCAUCAACGAGUCAUGUUGGUCCCCUCUUGAUAUCUCAUAUGCUCAUAGCAAUGACUUUAUGAUGGGAUAUACAAAAUCAAAAACAUUAGCAGAGAAAGAGGUGUUAAGUUACAAUGAUGUUUGUGAUGGUAAGUUAGAAGUUGUGACGCUACCCUGUGGCCUGGUGGGGGGAGAGACUCUUCUCUCUUACAUUCCUCAAAGUAUGGAAGUAGUUUUGUCCCAACUUACUGGAAAUCCAUCUACUUUCAAGGUAUUAAGAUUUUUGCAAGAACUCUUGGGAUCGGUUACUCUAGUACAUGUAGAUGACGUUUGUGAAGCACAUAUAUUCAGUAUGGAACAAACAUCCAUGAGAGGCAGAUUCCUCUGUGCUGUUGCAAAUCCAACAAUCAGAGAAAUCGCUAUGUAUUGGCAAGAGAAGUACCCAGAAUACCAGAUAGCACAAGAGUUCAUGGAUGAACAAGAUAAAGCAGCAGUGGAAUUGGAUACCAGCAAGUUGAUGAGGAUGGGAUUUGAGUACAAAUAUGACAUGAAGAAGAUAUUGGACGAUAGUUUUAACUGUGGAAGGCAAAUGGGUGCUCUCAAGUAAAAAUUUCUGGAAUCCUUUUUCUGGAAGCAUGGGAGGCUUAGGGUAGUAAUUUGUCAAGACUGCUUUUAUAUGUAAAAUAAAGGAGCAGAUUGUCAACUGGAAAGAAGAAAGUAAUUUAAAUUUCCUCCAACGACGACGAGUACUACGUUUAUGAUAAGUCGGGCGCGCUGACGACGAUUCCUGAGGUUCCGGAGAUUGAUUUUAGCAGACCUUCUCCGAAGAUUAACUCGCUCGUCAGUAAAACUGCAUCGGAGAGGUUCACGGCGCAGGCUGCGGCGUCAAUUGGUAUAUCAUGUGCUUAAAUAUGUAGAGCAAGGUAAUAAUAAUCAUGAGAAUAUAUAAAUAACGAUGGAUAUGAUUGUAUAAUUUAUGCAUACUUAUGGUCUUAAUUAGGAUGUUUUGUGGCUUAAGUUUACGUCGCUUGGAGUUUUGAACUUCGACUCUUAAUUUCAUGGUUUUUCUCAGUUUUAACAUAAUUAUUGAUUAGCCUUUUGAUUUAGUUUCAUAAAUUAGGGAUUAAUUGCGGCAAAAUCUCUACCUACCUACUUCCAUGACCAUUAUAUUAGCAAAUGUAGAAGCAACGAUCCUGACUUUGAAGAAAAGAUAUGGCGGAUU